AUGUCUAGCAGCCGACCGACGGCACGGGUCUUUUUUGCCGUUGACGUCGAAGAUCUACAGCCGUCUGAAUUUGUACUCGUUACUGGUUCAACAUCGUCCCUUGGAAAAUGGGACCCUCUCAAAGCCAAAACACUUACUCAGGAUGCCGACCGACCUACUCGUUGGCGUGGCUAUGUGGAUACAGCGGACGAUGAAGUCCGUUUUCGAUAUUUCAUUGGCUACUUUCUAUGUGGAGAACAUGGACAGCGUUUGAUCAUAGGUGAAGCCGUGUCCCAGUCCGUAACCCUAGUCAAAAUCCAUCCACACACAAUAAUAUGA